GGAAGUGGCCGUGAGGCGCCGGAGUCUCGAGCGCGGCGAGUCUCGCCCCGUUCCCGCUCUCUGGUUCCCGUUCCCGUUUCCUUUCCCGGUUUCUUAUCGCUUCCUGGGCUUGUUCCCGGUCCUGCUCCCGCCAUGGCCACAGCGCGGGCACCGGCGGCGCGCGGCGGGGCCCGGCCCCCCGAGCCCCCCAAGGCCAAGGCUGCCGAGGAGGCCGAGGCUCCCCCGGCCAAGCGGGCGCCCAUCUUCUACGGGAGCCUGGAGGAGAAGGAGCGCGAGCGCCUGGCCAAGGGCGAGGCCGGCCUGCUGGGCAAGGAGGGCAUGAAGGCAGCCAUGGAGGCUGGCAACAUCAACAUCAGCAGCGGGGAGGUGUUUGACCUCGAGGACCACAUGAGCGAGCGGCAGGCCGAGGUGCUGGCGGAGUUUGAGCGCCGCAAGCGCGCGCGGCAGAUCAACGUGUCCACGGACGACUGCGAGGUCAAGGCCUGCCUGAGGGCCCUGGGAGAGCCCAUCACGCUCUUCGGAGAGGGCCCUGCGGAGCGCAGAGAGAGAUUAAGGAACAUCCUCUCGGUGGUCGGCACAGACGCGUUAAAGAAGACCAGGAAAGAUGAUGACAGGUCCAAAAAGUCCAAAGAAGAGUAUCAGCAAACCUGGUACCACGAGGGCCCACGCAGUCUGAAAACAGCCAGGCUGUGGCUGGCCAACUACUCCCUCCCCAGGGCAGCGAAGCGGCUGGAGGAGGCCCGGCUGCUCAAGGAGAUCCCCGAGGCCACCAGGACAUCCCAGAGGCAGGAGCUGCACAAAUCCCUGCGGUCCUUGAAUAACUUCUGCAGCCAGAUUGGGGACGAUCGCCCGCUGUCCUACUGCCACUUCAGCCCCAACUCCAAACUGCUGGCCACAGCCUGCUGGAGUGGGCUGUGCAAGCUCUGGUCUGUGCCUGACUGCAACCUGGUUCACACCUUACGAGGACACAGCACCAACGUGGGGGCCAUCGUGUUCCACCCCAAGGCCACGGUGUCCCUGGACAAGAAGGACGUGAGCCUGGCCUCGUGUGCAGCUGAUGGCUCUGUCAAACUCUGGAACCUGGAAAGUGAUGAGCCCGUGGCAGACAUCGAGGGACACAGCAUGAGAGUGGCCCGUGUGAUGUGGCACCCCUCAGGGAGGUUCCUGGGCACCACCUGCUACGACCACUCGUGGCGCCUGUGGGACCUGGAGGCGCAGGAGGAGAUCCUGCACCAGGAGGGGCACAGCAAGGGCGUCUACGACAUCGCCUUCCACACUGACGGCUCCCUGGCUGGCACCGGAGGCCUGGAUGCCUUUGGCCGGGUGUGGGACCUGCGCACGGGCCGCUGUAUCAUGUUCCUGGAAGGGCACCUGAAGGAGAUCUAUGGGAUCAACUUCUCCCCAAACGGGUACCACGUGGCCACGGGUAGUGGGGACAACACCUGCAAGGUGUGGGACCUGCGGCAGAGGAAGUGCAUCUACACCAUCCCUGCCCACCAGAACCUGGUCACCGGCGUCAGGUUUGAACCCAACCACGGGAAUUUCCUGCUCACGGGCGCCUACGACAACACGGCCAAGAUCUGGACCCACCCUGGCUGGUCCCCCCUGAAGACACUGGCAGGGCACGAGGGGAAGGUGAUGGGCCUGGACAUCUCCCUGGAUGGGCAGCUCAUUGCCACCUGCUCCUACGACAGAACCUUCAAGCUCUGGACAGCUGAGUAGCUCAGAGGGACUGGUUAUGGACUGGGACAGGGACAUUAAUGACUUUUGGUUGCUUCUUUAUGUUAAAGAAAAAAAACAGGAA